UACUGAUGCUAAAUAUUCAUUCAGUCACUGGGUAGACUGGGUUCUGGCUCACUGGCCUGGUCUACCACAUUCAGGCAUUGUCUCUGUAAAUAAAUGACUCUCCAGAUGGGGAAAAGUCAGAGCAAUGGAGCGUUAAACACUGUGAUUACCUGUGAUUUAUGCCAGUGUUGAAAACACUACAGUUCUCCAUGCUGACAGACAACAAACUGGUUGAACGUGUGUGAGUCUUUGUGUGUGUGUGUCCUGUCAAACUGGGGGUGUGCUCAGCUGCGUGAAAAUGAGAGGAAAAUCUAACAUUCUCCAUCUCGUACCCUCCCAUAUACCUUUACUCGCUGCUGGAGGCUCCUUAAGAGGUGCUGCCAGUAGUGCCUGUCUGCCUUAUCAUCACUGUCUUGGCAGAAGGAAAUUAUACCCAGCUAUUAUAGACGGAGAGACCGCAGUCAGAGGAGAUAAAAAUUUCUGACUACAGGACAUCUUUACAGAAACGUAGUAGUAGCCUCUAUUAGGAUGAAAUUACUUAUGGAAAGCCUUCAAAUCAAGAUGCUGCUGUAUGUAAACAUCUUGAUACUGCUCGUCCGGGAUGUUGCUCUGUCAAGCAUCCUGACCACACCAUCAAGAGGAUGUCCAACCUGCACAGGAAAGCCCGUGGGUUUGAACGUGGCCUCUCUGGCUCCUGGGGAGCCGUGCGGCGUCUACACUCUGAACUGUGCCCCGGGUCUGCGCUGUGAGCCUCCCCAGGAUGAGCCGAGGCCCCUUCGUGCCCUGCUGGAGGGCAGAGGAGUCUGCAGCAAUGUCAGCAGCACCACACCGACUCCACAGGUCUACCCUGCAGAACCAGCGCCAACUGAGGAACCCAAUGAGGCUCCCUGUCGCAAACUCCUAAUGAAAGUCAUCCAAGGUCUUGAUGCCCAUUUAUUUAAGUCCCUUCAUGAUAUCUACAUACCGAACUGUGAUAAAAGUGGUUUCUACAAAAGGAAGCAGUGCUGGUCGUCUCUGGGGAAGCAGCGUGGAAAGUGUUGGUGUGUGGACGAGAACGGCCUCCCCGUCCCACCGAAGACUAAACAACAGGGCAACGUGAUUUGCUGAGGAGCAGGAAAGACGUCACAGAUGAAGGAACAUCGGACUAAAACCCGAACUCGCCUUUCAUAUGUUACAUUUCUGUCAGAAAGCAGAUCAUUACGCAUCUCUUGCGAGGAGAUGCGUAAUGAUCAAACUUUGUCUCCUGACGCCCUCUGCUGAAUACACUCAGAUUGUGCUGAUUUGAUUCUUUCGCUUUCAGCUGAAUUGCACAUUCAAUGGAGAUCGGACUGCAACUAAAAGUAAUCCAGCUAAAAUUAAAUACAGAAUGAAAGCAUGUCAAUUAUGAACCGAGUGCCACAAAUUCAGCCAAAAACCUUUAACACUUUUAUAAGCAAAUUAAAACGUCCAGAAAUCAGUCACAUAACAUUCACAAGCUAGUAAUGAGAAAUUACAAACUCUUUUACGACUGUGUUCAGGUUCUAUGACAUUUACAUAUUUUCAGUAUGCUCCUCCUUACUUUCCUUCGAAACCACUCUCUUUUAAAAGUACCUGCUGCAUAUAUAACAUGUCGCCAUAUUUAUGUGACUGUAUAUACGUCUAUUUAUGCUAAAUUGUUCAUUAUGUUAGUGUUACAUAUAAAAGCAAACACUAGGACUCCUUUGAGGGAACUUAGCAACCUGAAUGUUUUUUAUUUAUAACAUCAGUGACUUUUAAUAUUGGUGAUGAUGAUUGAUAAUUUUAGGUAGUAUUACAAUAAUGUCCUUGACAAACUGCUUUUUGUGUAAUGUAUUCUUGUGAAGUAAAAUAUUGUACAAAAAAAAUGUAUUCUUUCUUUCUGCAUAAACAAAUGGACUCAUGAUAAAGAAGUCAACUAGCUGCCUAAAAAAUUAUUAAAUACCUUUGGGCUUCUUGUGUUUCCUGUAGCAUUUCUUGCAGCAUUAUAAUUGGCUGCAAUACAAUUGACAAUUUUAUUUCUUUAUGAAUGAUACACAUAUCUUUUGAGACAGGAUCUUGUAUUGGACUUUAACAUACGGGAAAGUGUUAUCUGUCCUUUCUAAGAAGAGUCAGAACACUUACUGAUAACGUCUGAGGCUACAAGAUAAUCUAAAAGAACACAUACUGAUGAGAAGGAGAUUAAGUGAAAGAAAGCACAAAUACCACGAGAACAUAAUAAAAAUAUUAAAACAUCAAUAUUUAAUAAGAGAGUUUUGAACCACAAUUCAAAAUUAUUACUCUGAUGCAUAUUUGAUGUUUUGAAAACUGCACAACUGUGGAUCAAUUCAUGUAAGUAAUAUCUAGACUGAGCUUAAUAUCAUCCUAAUCUGGCUCAUCAUUUGUAUGAACCGGAUUUAAAAAAGGAGCAAAUUGAGAAGAGUAACACAUUAUAAGAGAAAAAAAAACUCAGAGAAGUUUUUUUAUUAGAUUUUAAACAGUUCAAUGUCAGCUUCAUGGCAGUAAGAUUAUAUAGGUUAAGAUGAAGCCAGUUAAUCCCAGUAAUCCCAGUUAAAUAUUGAAAAAUGCUAAGAAAAUAUGUAAAAAAGUGUUAUCACAACCAGAGGUUAUAGUAUGCAGCCACAUUACUCAGUUCUGAAGCACAAACACUGUUGUUAUUAUUAUUAUUUAAUAUUUAUUGUAGUAGUAGUAGUAGUAGUUGAAUAUUGGCUCUCUCGCCAUCACCCAAAUAUAGUUAUAUAAAUAUUUUAUAUAUUAAAAAAAAAAUUAGACUUUGCCAUAUAAACUGAAACCACUCUUGAGGUGUUUGCUAUCAAACUUUGUUUGGUCACUAAAAAAGUCAACAAUUAGUCAUUUAGUCAAUUUAAAUGUAACAAUUUAAAACUUAAAUGCACAUCUACAUUUAAUAUUUCUUAAAGGGGGAACAUAGACCGAACGCAUCGUCUCAGUGCUUCGUUUUUAAAUAACUUCCAAAGGUGGUAGAUUGUUAAUAUUGGCGGUGUUUCCUGUUCCUCACUGUGCCUCUGCUCAGGCCCACGUCUCUAAAAUAACAGGUUAAAUUACCUCACUGCAGUCGUCCUGUUAAGGUCACUGCCAUACUAAUGCUACAAGGCGCACAUUCAUGAGAUAAAUACAACACCCACAUACAUCUAGUUAAUGUUUAAUUACAUUGAUUGCGGUAUAUACUGUCCCUGAGCUCCGCUCUUGUUUCACUCUCUGUUACUGGACCGCGCAGAGCCACUGAGCUAAAAGCCUCAGCUGCUGCUGAGACUCCGCAGGCGGACUUCAACUGCAGCCCCUGCUUUACAUACACACAGGACUCGACAGGAGCAACAGCAAAAAAAAAA